GAAUUUCAGCCAUUUGUUUAAAAUUAAGAGAUUAUAUCCGUAAAUGCACUCCUUACUUAUACAUACGUCUGAUGUUUGGCUGUUGUAUCCUGGAAUGUGUUUGUGGUUGUGGACAGUUGCCCCCGCUAUUGAUUUCUGGGUGUCCAAAACUACAGAGACAGCAGACCUGAGAGGCCUGAGAGGAAUACCUCAUAAAUCUAUAGGCUCGUGCUAGUUUUUCAUACUGGUGAGAAAGAGGGAGGACACCGGAGGGGAGAGACGAGGAGAGAGAGAGUCACCAGGAAAACUCAAAAGAACAUAGGUCCAACAGUCUUCUUCUAUCAAACCAGGCAGUCGAAUGGAUUAGGGUGAAUCUACGAUUCAUCAAAUUAUUUACAGAGGAGCAGCAGUGAGGCACUUAUACGGAUUGCUUGGAUAAUGCAAAUGACCUUUACAACUUAGGUGUCUGUAUGUCAGUAGAAAUCUAUAGAGAGAGAGAGACAAGACAAAUUUUGACUGAAUAUAAUACAGCUUUGGAUUUAACCCUACUUGAUGCAAUCAAGAAGACAACAAUGGAAAACUGGAUAUUCACUGUAUUCACACAAGUGGACACAGAUUUCUUUUUUUAUGUAUUGAAAGUGACAUAAUUAAUCCCUAAAGGGAGACUCUUCCUGGAAAUGUCAGCCUGGCUCGACUACACCUCAGCAUUGCAGGAGUUUGAACGCAGUUCGCCAAGUUGAAAGGCAGUGUCCUUACUCACCCUGUGCCACACUGAUUUUGGAAAAACACAGGACCAUACCUGUGUGGAGGACAUCUUUUGCGGGGACAGGAAGUACAAGCCACAGGAAGCUCUGUAGUUACUGAAGCUGCUUGCCAUGUCCGAUGUGGUCUAAUUACACCUUCUCUGUGGAUUUACACAAGUCAACUGUUGGCCAUUUCUUGGAUUUAGCUUCAAUAGUUAAUAGGUUUUAGCUUAAUUUAAUUUAUGACAAGUAAUGUUUGCUAUUGACCUGAAUUGUGGGGGACAUAUUUUCAAAAAUGACUUGUCUUUACAACCAGCUGCUGUCUUCAAUUUAUGCUUCGCAUCACAGCAGGAAAUACAAACUUUAAAACCUUUUUCCAAUUUAAUGCAGAAGCCAACCAUCAGAUAAAUCUAAAUCUGUGCAAAUUGGCCUGACCUUUGAUUGCAAACCUGCGAUGAACUGCACUCCUAAUGCCACUAUCGCUCCACAGCCGGGACUAGUCUUGAGCCCAGGGCCUGGAGAUGGAGGCUUCCAGGAGAGUGGUGGUGGUGGUGGUGGUGGUGGAGGCAGUGGGGGCCUUUGGGUGACAUUCCUGCUCGGUGCCACACUGACAAUCAUGUGCGCCAUGGGUGUGGCGGGCAACACGUACACACUCAUCAUUACCCGUUCAGCCGCCUUGCGCCGGACAGGUUCCAUGUACGUUUACAUCAUCAAUCUGGCUCUCGCAGACCUGCUCUACCUCUCCACCAUACCCUUUGUAGUCUGCACCUACUUUGCCCAUGACUGGCUGUUUGGCGAGGCUGGCUGUCGCAUCCUGCUGAGUCUCGACCUCCUCACUAUGCACGCCAGCGUCUUUAUUUUGGUUGCUAUGAGCCUGGAACGCUACCGUGCCGUUGCUAGGCCCUUCAGCGCCCACAGAUCCUUGUCCCGUAAACGAAAGCUAGCGGCCGGGAUUAUCUGGGGUUUGGCUUUUGUGCUAACGCUUCCCAUGAUGGUGAUGAUCCGACUCAGGGAGGGCAAACCAACGACGGCUGGUUUGGUCCAGAGCAUAUGCUUUCCUACUUGGACCCCUGAGGCCUUCAAGGCUUACAUCACAGUCCUGUUUCUUACAAGUGUUUUAGUUCCUGGAUUGGUCAUCGUUGGGCUGUAUGUGGGGCUAGCCAGCCGCUACUGGGCAGUGCAGGCUAGUUUAAGAUGUAGCAGCCGGUCUGCCCAGAGGAGAGGACUCAAACAAAAAGUCGUGUCAAUGAUCUUUAGCAUCGUAAUGGUCUACUGGGCUUGUUUCUUACCUUUCUGGGGAUGGCAGCUGGCCAGACUGUUCUCUCCAGAGUCCCUGAAAGCUUUGUCUCCAGCUGCUCAUAAUUAUGUCAAUUUCUUUGUUACGUGUCUGACAUAUGGGAACAGCUGCAUCAAUCCAUUUCUUUACACUCUGCUGACCCGGAACUAUAAAGAUUACUUGGCCCAGAAAGGUCAGUCUGUGGGUUCAAGCAGGGCUGACCCCGGGUCAGCUGUGACUUGUCCACUGCAGGACCUUUAGUGGACGAAUAAGUGAGCGAAUACUGAGCAUAGACACUCAAGUGAGAAAAGGUUAGUAACCGACAAUCAGCUUGAGAGAGGACAUUUCUAGUAAUAUUGUAGGCUACGCAAACUGGAAAAUGUCCUUUUUGUGAGACAUUUUCUACAGACUUUGUAAAUUCUGCAAACAUAUGCAGUGCAAUGCGACAAGUUGCCAGCUCUCUUGAGAAGUUUAACCAGCGCUCUUAACGAGCUGGAGAAAUUACGCACAGCAUGUGAUGUUUGCUAACAUAAAGGUCUGACCGCAAGUCUUCUAGUUGGAGGGCAAACAGCACACAUGGCACAGUAUUUUACUUGUGUUCUUUACUGUAUAAUCUAACACUUAUCGCCACGUGCACAGUAUAAUUACCUUUCUAACUAUCUCCAAUUCUGCUUUCUUGGCAUUGAUGAUAUUAUUCUGACAAAUACAGAUUGGA